UGGUGGAGAGCCCGCCCCCCUUUUCUCAAAAUUAGGGGGAGCCAUUUUUGGCCAGCAGAAUUCUCCACAAAAAGUUGUAUCAAAUAUUCGUGGAUACCUUUCGAAUCGAUUAAGUGGAGCAAUACCAGACACAGGUUGUCUUCGUAAAACAACGGAUGUGCAUGCUGCCAUCAGUAUUUUGGAAUUUGGACUGUCAUUCUGCACCACACCACAUCGAAACAUAUCAACAAUGAUGCCUUAGAUUGAUAGCACAUACACAUACACAAAGAAAUGUUUUAAGUGAAUAACAAAACCAAAAAUAAAUCUACAAAAUCAAGACCAAAGAAAUGAUCAUCGAGCCAGAAAGCCGGCGAACAAAAUGCACGGGACCAGCAGAAUCAAGGACUAAUUACUAACCAUUGACAUUUUAACCGAUAAGUUGAGUCCUCACACCAACAAGUGAGGGUCCACAAAUCAAACUCACUGACUGAAUCGUUUCCAACGUUUAGUAAAAAAAAAGCCGACAAAAUGUCUUUCAAAAUACCCGUGAUAAAUCUCGAAUUCAACGAGGUGAAGGAGAUAGUCUGGGAGAAGAUCCAGGAGCCGCAGGCACAAAGAAAAUUAGUCCUGGUCAUUGUAUCGAUAGCAUUACUUUUAGAUAAUAUGUUGUAUAUGGUCAUAGUGCCUAUCAUUCCGGACUAUCUACGCUAUGUCGGCGCAUGGGGCGAAGAGGAGGUAGUAACAGGAGCACCAGUUUUAGUGGGAAAUACAACAGUUCGACCAACGAUAAAGACAGUGUCUCAUCAUGGCCAGGACUCAGCAACGGGGAUUCUGUUUGCUUCGAAAGCCAUUGUUCAGCUGAUGGUUAAUCCUUUCUCAGGGGCAUUGAUCGAUAAAAUUGGCUACGAUAUACCGAUGAUGAUCGGUUUGACGAUCAUGUUCUUCUCAACUGCCGUGUUUGCGUGUGGACGAAGUUAUGGUGUGCUGUUUUUUGCACGAUCACUUCAAGGAGCCGGAUCAGCUUUCGCGGAUACAUCAGGAUUGGCUAUGAUUGCUGAUCGUUUUACCGAAGAAAAUGAACGGUCCAAAGCUUUGGGUAUUGCGCUCGCCUUUAUAAGUUUCGGUUGUUUAGUCGCACCUCCUUUCGGUGGAGCUUUGUAUCAAUUUGCUGGCAAGGAAGUUCCGUUUCUGAUAUUGGCGCUGAUCUGCUUGCUGGAUGGAAUCAUGCUGCUGUUGGUAAUGAAACCGAUAAAAGAACAGCUACUCCAGAGUAAAACUGUCCAGCAGCAUGAAACAGUUCCGAUUUGGAAGUUGUUGAUGGAUCCUUAUAUUGCUGUGUGUGCUGGAGCUCUAAUGAUGUCGAAUGUAGCAUUAGCGUUUUUGGAACCAACGAUUUCUCUAUGGAUGGAAGACACUAUGACACAUGACAAUUGGAAAAUCGGGAUGAUAUGGCUCCCAGCUUUCUUCCCGCACGUAUUCGGAGUCAUAAUUACUGUAAAAAUGGCAAAGCAGUAUCCUCAUCAUCAGUGGCUGAUGGCUGCUGGUGGUUUGGCGCUAGAAGGACUUUGCUGCUUCAUCAUACCCUUCUCUAGUUCAUAUAAAGUUCUGAUGAUUCCGAUAUGCGGAAUCUGUUUCGGAAUAGCUUUGAUAGAUACAGCUUUGCUGCCGACACUAGGAUACUUAGUUGAUGUUCGAUACGUUUCCGUGUAUGGAAGUAUUUACGCUAUCGCAGACAUAUCAUAUUCACUGGCUUACGCGGUAGGCCCUAUUAUAGCCGGAGGAGUUGUUGAAGCAAUCGGCUUCACAGCACUGAACAUAGGAAUAGCAUUUUCAAACCUUCUAUACGUACCCGUACUAACUAAACUGAAACACAUAUAUGACUUCAAGCCAUUCGAAAACGAGGCAAACAUUUUAAUGUCUGAUCCACCGAAUAAGGAAUACCAAACUUACACGAUGCACGACCAACAACCAAUCGAUGGAGAUUAUAAGAAUCAUUUGGAGUACGGAAGGUAUCAAGAGGAUGGCAGUGGAAUGCAAGAAACAAACCUGGACCAAGAACAAAAUGGAUAUGUUCAACAAGGACAAAAUAUGGGAUACCAACAACAAGGUCAGUACCAGCAACAAUAUCAGCCAGGCUACCAAGAGCAGGGAGGAAUGUAUCAACAGCAGCAGCAACAGCAACAACAACAACCCCAACAACCACGACAACUGCCACAACAGCCCGUGGCAAACCCCUUCCGACAGGGUGGCGAUCAACAGCCGCAACAACAGAUACAGCAACGCCAUCCACAGCCUCCCGCACAACAGCAGGAUCCAUCUGCUGGGGGUGGUCGCGUUUCAAAUCCCUUCCGGCAAGGAUUUUAAGGCUCUUUCGUAUAUUCAAAUCAUGGUGUUCUAUGUAUGCGUUGUGUUUUUUGAUAGGCUAACGAUUUUAUUUCGGAUGGUAAGUAGAUAGAUUCGUUUUAAGGAAAGGGGUUUUGACUCAAAUCAAAUUCAGAGCCGGAGAAUAUUACAAAAAUCAAAACGAGAAAGAGGCAGGCAAAGGUGGAAUUAUUGAGAUGUGAAUCUUUUUGAUCGCUGGAAAGGUAAAAAAGCUGUAAUUCGUAUGGCAAUUUCGGAUGUAAUCUGGCUCUGGGUGUAAAAUACUCUCAGAACUCUAAACAAAACUCAUUUCAUGCUAGAAAAAUAGAUAAAAGUAGGGAGCAGAGAAAAGGCGCCCACAAUAUUUAUAAUGGAAAUUCAAAAUAUUUUAAGGACUAUGAGUUUGAUUUGAAGUGAAAUACGACAUAUUCUGUGAAAAGCAAUUUUUUUGUUCCACUCGAGUUUUCAAACAAUUUAUUAAGCAAACCAAACUAGAUAAAAAGCCGAACAAUUUAUAAGUGCAUGGACUCAAUAGAUUACUUAAGAUUUGAACUGAUAGGGCAUGAAUAAGGUAAUUUCUAAAUUAUAUCUGCAUUGUCAAGUGUGAUUUACGGAAACAUUGAAAUGAAACGAAUUAGAUAAUGCAUUUAGCUAAAAUCAAAAACAGUUGGGAGAGAAAAAAGUAUAAACAUUUAAUUUAAGUCUUCAUAUUCAAUUUACAAUUUUAUUUUCCUAUCCCUUUUUUUGAACAGCGCGGUAGGAGUAAACAAAUAUCUUUAUUGUCAAGUCUAUCAACCUGCCAGUCACGCCGAUUUCCGAUCUAAGCAUUUCCAACAAGGAACUACAACAUUCCAUUUUGGCGUUGCCUGGCUUAUGCUAACGCUGAAUCUAAGGCAGGGUCUCCAACGUCUUCUCUUUCUACCGCAGGCAUUGCUUCUGUAAAUUUUCGGGCUGCAUCAACUUCAUUACAUGCCACACCCACAACAGUCUAGUGGGGUGAGCCACCACACCGAGCUCAUAGAUUUCUGCUUCGUAUUGUCCAUCUUCUUAUAUGGACCAAAAAUUCUUUGGAGGAUCCUCAUUAGCUAAGAACCUGAGAGAUCUCUGUAAUAUACAAUAGGAACUUGAUCCUCUGGUUAGACGUUUAAAGGGAAACAGUUUUUGAAAGCUGAAAUAUUGUAGCUGCCCAGAACCAUCGUAACUAUUACUGGCUAUGAUUUUCAACACCAGAAAGGAGAAGUUUUGAGCGCUUUCAAAUUUGUAGCAUCCUAUCUUCAUUGAUUUCUAUUAUUCAGUGCUAGUAGAUGUUGUUCCUUUUGCUUUCGUUUUUGGUACUGACGCUGCCAUAAUACAGUCCUUCUUGCCUUCAUCAUCACCGUCUACUUGGUCUGGUUAAAGGCAGAUUAUAGAUUUCAGGGUGUUCCUGACAUUAUGUCAAUAUUAUCAACGUAGACCAAUAGUUGGGUGGUCUUGUAGAGAAGAGUGCCUUUCGAGCUCGUCUUUGCUUCGUGGAUCAGUUAGGGUCAGUUUCUUAAUUUUCAUUAACCCAGAUGUACCCAAUAUUCACAUGAAGAUCCCCUCGUUUCGUAUCGACAGUGGAAUUAGAAUUUGUAGUUAAUCCCAGGCCAAUCUGACUUUAGAAGAUAGGAAGUCAUAGCUUUGGUCACUGUCUGAUGGUUAGAAAUACGGUUCUCUAAAUCGGCGCCGAAUGGCCUAGGAAUUAUUUCAACUACCUACCUCAACGCCAGUACCUUCAGCUGACUUGAAUCCACCCUUAAUUUUAAAGUUCUUUCAUUUAAUUCCGUAUGCAAAAAUUGCCUUCAUUGUGUUGCCUGACGAUAGUUUUGAAUGAGUGCCAGCACUUCGACCUGAUUAUUGAGGUGUCCUUAUAAACACGUGGUUAGAAUCGGUUUACCGCUGCAGCUGAAUUUAUCCUUCGGCUACCUCUUAUUUUACCUGAAGACCUAAUGUAGAUGAGUUUAAUAGAUAACGACUGACGAUUUCGCCCGUGAUAGAGGGAACUCAUCAGGCGCUAUUUCACCUUUGUCGUGGGAGCAGUUUGACUGUAAUUGGUAGCCACCUGUGGGUUGUUUUUUGUUUUUUAUUCAAAAAGUUGAAAAAGGUUUUUGUGGCAAAAGUUGAAAAGACUUUAUAGCUCCUGUCAUUGGAAGACAAAGCAGUCUUUGGAUUUUUUAAAGCAAUUUUCCAGCAUUAUUCUUGGCUACCAUCAAAAGACUUCAUACGCGUGUGGAAGAUUGUUCUGCAGGAGCAGCAGGUUACAAUUGAUUUUCUAGUUAUGGAGAAGGCAAUUUGGUUUGUGCGAAUUGCCUGCCUUUUCAGGUAGAUUCUGCUCUAGAUUUAAUUUGCACUCAUGUUGUUCUUGCAAGUAGAUGUGCAAAAAGAAACCAAUUUUAUUUGCGCUACUCCUGGAGCAAGGGUGAAGCCAUCAGCCGUAGAUUUUGAUAUUUUGAAAACUGAUUUUCAAAAAAAGAGCGCCCAAUUUGUAUUAUGGCAGUCAUAUGCACAGCUCUAGGUUUCAAAAUCACGGGAAUUUAGUUCUUGCUAGCUUCUGACUCCAUUGUCAGAUUUGGUACGGCUUCCAACUAUUUUCCCUCUUUCUUCUUCUCCUUCUUUUUCUUUGAGCUUUCUCCAGCUCAUAGCGUCUGGUCACCUUUUUUCCCCUCGUAAGAUCAAUCAGGGAGGAAUCAAUUUAUCAAUCCCCUUCCACUUUGAUGUGCAGACCAAUCUUCGUGGCGAAUUAUCAUUAGUGGGUAAUAUCGUAAUAUCGAAGACGUUCGUUUGCCAUUCUUCGCCUUCAUCACCGAGAGGCAAUGGUCAUUGUCUUUGUUGUACACCCAGCACUCGAAACUAUAAAAAACUAGAAGGAGAAUGAUGUUGCAGUUGGUUGCAGGCGUUCGUUGGUAGUAAAGGACGCAAGUAGUGGAGUACUACUUCGUCCAGUUUCUUCUAACAUUUGAAGCAAUUUUAUGAUCUAGUUAUGCAUUGUCUGAGAGCAUUUAUUCGAGAUAGUUAAAUUGCUCAGUUCAGGUCACUGCCACUGACAGUGACAAUAGCUAUUUAAUCGGGGCAGAUUGAAAAAAAAAACUCUUUUUUAUUCAGAUUCAUUCCCAGGCCGUGUGGUACCAGUCGAUCAUUCUACUUUUAGUGCAGUUAAGCGGGAUCACCUUUGUUGUGAUACGCUACGAAAGCAUCAUCUGCGAAAGUAGUGUGCGAGGGGAUGAUUGUAUAAUAUCCCGCGUAAUAGUGUCCAUAGCAGGAGCAAAAAAGGAGUAAUGAAAGGGCGUUUCCUUAGUAAACACCGAAAGAGGCGCAAAGCAGCCUUCAUUAACGUGUCACUUUCCUAGCUCUGCUCUUUAGAUAAUGACGCUUAGCAUACUAGGUCAGCUUGAGUAGCACGCCACCAAAUACCCCCCUAGAUCGCAAAGGCAAUGUAACGAAAGCGACGUUUUCACGAUAUAUCUUUACGAGUAACUUUGCUGUAGGUAUUGUAUUAGAAUUCGGCUGUGCUAGGGGUAAUUUGACCAACCGUCGAGGCUGAUAAUACUUGAGGAUGAAAAUUUGAACAUUCUGAGGAUCGGUAAAGAUUUAAUUCAUUUAGGAAAUAAGCGUUUCGUCUUAGACAAUUUUUGACGCUUGAAAAUCCUCAUGUAUCCACAUACCUACCUGUGCACGUCACUAGCUUGUGGCCGAGAGAUCCUGAGGAUCUGCUUCUCAGUUUUGUCUAGGACGAGCAAUGGCGUCUCCGACUCAAAAAGCAAAAUUGGUAGUCGAGUAUGGUAAAAACUCGCGGGAGUUGUGAAGUUACAACCGUGGAUAGUAAGGAAAUCCAUUUUGGUUUGGUUCAUAUAUAGUAGUUUUGUGCCCUAAAGUUUGCUGUAUCUAGUUCCAAUAAGAACAGUCUACAGGCUUUAUAUUAGUUUGCAGUGUGAUCAUCGGCAUUCUCAUCCUACAAUUAGUAAGACUGAACUUUUGAAUAAUCCUUACUGUUCCAACGUCGCUCGCUGAGAAGCGUGAUACAUUCACACACGAGUUCAUCCAUGAACUCUUCUUUGAUAUUCUCAAACGGUUGUUAUUCUUGAAUACAGGGAGCGGGGUUCUUUUUUAUCCAGUGAUUUUCUCGCAUCUUGCUAUCGGCCGUAAUGACUGAAAUAUGUCGAAAUUUCACCAAAGGUAAUUCUAAGCCUCUUUGAAAAGGUUGACAGGAAAAUUCGUCAUAGUCUGAAUGGAUACUACCGCGUUGUUAGUUGAAAUAUGAUUGCUGCAUCCCUGCAAGUUUUGCUAUAAUGAUUGACCCAAAAGAAAGGUGGCUGUGAAUUUCAGUUUUCGAACUUGGUGACAAAACAUUUUCCGGCUCCUUUCAAGCUUUCAAGUCCCUGUCGUGAACUAGCUUGAAUGAGAUUUCCAGCGAUAUCGGCUAUAGUUUUGGAACUAAGCGCGAAAAGCUAAUGGAACUCAUGUGAUGACCCAAGAGAAUCAAUUUAAGACGGAAUUCACACUGCAAGGUUCUGGAAAAGGCUACAAAAAAGAAGGCGCUUUAAUGGGAAAAUUCAAUGGUAAACGGAUUAAGUAGGACAUAAUAGGUGCCGCUACAAAAGCGGCUUACAUUUACCCCCACGGCGGUCAAAAAAGUAAGAGAUAAUAACAAUAAAAUAAGAAUUAAUCUAGACUUGAGAUUUUAUAGUGGAAAAUUAAAGUAUUUAAAUAACGUUAACGAAAUUUGCGUUUUGUGUGCGUGGUCCAUUCGUUUGGAUCACGUUCGUAACUUUUUCGAUCAUAGCCCUGGCUUUGAUAAUGAACUUCUUACCGCGGGGCGGUACUCAUUACCUUCGAUUAACGGUCAGUACUCGGAACAAUAGACAAGAGGCAAUCAAUUCUAUAUUUGGCUAUGGGGGUAAAAUUAUAACGAUGAAGCAAAGAAAAUGCUGCAAAGAGAAAAGUCUCGAGAAGAGACACAGUACAAAAGAUUUAUUAAUUUAAAACAAUUGGGAUGGGCUGGCUCCUUGUAGGACAAAAAACACCAACACUAUAAUAAAGUAAAAAACAAUCUUCUGAAAUUUUUAACAUUCACGAUGCAGAUUAAAACUGAAAAUUAAACCCAGUGUGUAAUGGCGAUGGUAGGUGACCCAUGUUCACAGGUCAUAAUGGAGAGUGAACGGCUUGCCGAUGAUGCCCCUCAAACCAGAUUGAGCAAAUAUUCAAGUGUAUUGUACUUUAAUUGGCAUUAACAAACCAAGUCAGAGAAAGCAAGAGAUCCCAAGUUGGGUAAACAUCAACGACGGACUAUUUUGUGCUUUAAUUCACAUUGCAGAAACCUUUAAUGGCAUACCAUAAAAUGGCAACCAAUAUCUAAUAAGAAAAGAAAUAGAUUGGAGCUAUAUUUUGACCUGUUCUGCAUCCAUUUUGUUAUCUUCAUUAUAGAUUUAGUGUUAUUCAAUUUCGGCCAAAAUAUAACACAUCGAAGAAUGAAGGUUUCGAGAACAAAAACUCAACUACUUAUCCAUCUAUAUAAGACAAUACUUUUUGUUUCUGUCAGCAACUUCAAUUUUUGAAUCUAAACCUUAUAUUCACGUUUAUUGAUAUUUCUCUUAAUUUUAUAGCAAUAAUUAUGCAAUAAUAAUAAUUUAAGUUACGCUUUGAUUCAAAAAGUACUAUUUGUCUUGAGUCGAAAAGCAUGUUAACAUCUACAAAUAUUCUCUCUUUUGCAUAGAUACCCUAUCAGUUCAAAUUAAAAGUUUUUCAUUGAUGACAUUGCAGAUCUAAGAGAUUAUAAUUUAAAUAAAGUAAAUAUUUAUCGCUGCUAUUAAAUAAAAAGUAAAGAAGGAAACUAUUUCUAUCUGUGAUAGAAUUCAUUUAAUGUGUAUUCAUUGUUCACUGAACAAAUAUAUUUUAGUUUACGUAAAAAUUAAACAACAAGAGCAAAAGUUUUCAUAUUAAAUAUCAACUUACGUGAAAUUAAAUAUCAAACAUAUAUUUCACAUCAACUAUCCUAUCUGUCCUUAAAUUGUUCCCCUUCCUUAUAAUCUCUUUCGAUUAACUUAAAUAAAAACAACCCAAGAAACAAACAACUAGUUGUCCAUAUUUGACACUGAUAAACAAACUACGUAUAUAUAAAUAGAACCAUACAUCCGAGUUUAACAUUUUAUCUUAUAUUAUAGCUAUAUAUACAUAUAUGCUAUUUUGAGCAUUCAAAAAUGCAUAGAGGAAGUUUUAAAAGUAACGGAAAUAUUUUAAAAUAGUGGACAACUUCUGGUAAAUGAAGAAAACUUUGUGGGUAUUUUUAUAUUUCAUUGAUUAUUGUGAAGAAAGCUUUGAAAUUUUAUGUUUACAUAAAUAUCAAAUGCAGCCUAAAAUUAUUAAAAUAAAAGUAAAAACUAGUUUUUGUUGAUAAGAAAUUGUAAAAAUAUUAGUUUGAUUUUUCAAAUAUCCGAUGCCAUUUGAAAUGUACAGAAAAAAUGGUUAUUUAAAUUUAUCAAAAAUAGCGAAAGCUGUACAAGAAAUAUAAGUAUUUAGGGCUAUGUAAUUAAGUAUACAUAAUUUAGGUAUACAUGUAUAUCAGAAGCAGAUAGAGUCGUAUUAUAUCUGUAUAAAGAACAAAGUUUUACUCAAACUAUUAUACAUAAACAUAAAUAUAUAGGUAUAUAAAUAUUGAAUAAUAUAAAUUAAUAAGAUUAGGACAAGUCGUUGACUAAUCAUAUUAUGUAAAACUACAUCAAUAUCGCAUACAUAUCAAUUAAAGUUUGCACAAAAUUCGGGUGUAGUUGGAGUAAUAUUUAGGUUGGUCAACGAUGUAAAUAUUAUAUACAUAAAAUGAUUUUUUUGUUGUGAUUUUGAAUAUAUUUUAUUUGUGUUUGCAAAAGGCAAGUUGAGGAAUAUGGAGCCGGUUUCAUGUGAGUUAUUCUAUUAGACAUUAAUUUUAAUAUUGAAAUUCAUUUUAAUUUGGCGUGAUAUGGGAUUUAAGUGUUUAAUUAGUCUAAAAUAAUGUCCUCUACUUGACUCUAAAAACAGUCAAGAGAGGGUAACGAUUUGACGGGGGACAUUUUGACAAGAUAUUUUUCCUGAGAAUAAUUAUCCAUUUGCCAUUUUUGUAUUACCCAUUUAUUACGGUCAAAGCGAGCGUCAAGGUGAAUAAUAAUAGUCUCUUUCGCUUCCAAUUGUUUCCAUAAUUUUACCGGUAGACAGUUUUUUUUUUUUGAAUUGUGAUCGUAAGAUUGUUCAUUGUUCUCAAAUAUAAAGUGAAAUGACUAAAUUUCGAAACGCAAGUUCACAAUGUUGCCUUCUUUAUUUGUAUAGCAAUGCGUCAUAAAGUUACUGUCCGCAAUGAUCAACCUACACAAAAACCAGUUCUUUGUCAGCCUCGAGAUUAUUAGAGAAAUUUAUCAGAGACUGAAACUACUUAAUAGACCAGACACCAAUGCCUAUGGAAAUAAGAAAAGGGAGGACACAUAUCAAUCCUGUCUCCCAUCUUAUGACGAAAUUACUAAUCUAUACUAAGUGCACGUAGUCCAACAUAUACCUGAAAAACUCGGACCAACCCCUUUUCUGUAGCUGAUUUAAUCGCGGUUGAAGCGGUCGUUGUCCCUAUCCCCACUCGAUAUAAAAUCUGUCAUCUCCUAGAAAUGCACGCAAUCAAAAAAAUUACUCUUUCUUGAAUGUAGAGUGGGUGUUGGUAAAAGUGGUUUUUAUAUAUCCACAUUAAUGCCAAUCGAGCUUUUCUUGACAAUCCGAUUAUGAAAUCCCUUUUAAAUUUGCAACUGAUCUUCGAUGCAUUUUGGUCGGAAUAUUAAGGGAGAACUGAUUAUGAGCUUUAGUUUUUUGCUGUAGUUUUGCUCCUCCCUUUCCUCCCAGCUUAACGAUUAUUACUGAUAGUUUGCUCUUUUCACGACUCAGCCUAGAGGCAUGACUUUCGAGGUGCGCAUCUCGAACCAUUUUUACUUUAAGUAUUCUCUACUGACAAGUCGAAGAUGGUCUCUGCAGUCGAAGCACUGACAUUCUGGGAUACCCACAAUGUAGCCCAGUCGUAUGGUUUUUCAGGAUUCGCCUGUGUAUUCCAAGCAAAAACACCAGCGAUACCAGAGGCAUGUGGAUGGCUGAGGCAUGAGCAUGGCCGACAGCUGAGCGGGUAGCUUCCUUAGGGUUCCCGGUCCUAGCUGCAUGAUAGUUCCUCAUCGGAUACAAUCUACGUCCCCUUGCGAUUGUGAAAGGUGGAAUCUACUGACAUUAUUUGACAGCCGUUGGCUCCAAAUGAUAAUUCCUCACAACCUGCGGUAUGUCAGAGAGGAUCUGACCCUUGUGGGAGGGUGCUACCCUUUGUAGAUACUACGAGUUGGGUCUGACGAUCUGAGGCGACUAAAUUCUGCUCUCCUUGUCCUUCCCAUAGCGUCACAUUCUUAGUAGUGUGUAGUUUCAAAAUGGUGCACUUUGAAGGCGCCUGUCGGUGCUGUCACUUGUAUCUAUCAGCUAUCGAUUACCUUAACAGAUGUUCUGGAACACGUGUUGCUACUUGCUUUGCUGUUCAAUGUGGCGCUUGAACUUAAGGCUGUUAUAAAAUUCAAACAUGCAACGUAAUUGGCAAAUUUUCCACAGGUUUUUGCUGUUGGAAUAGAGGCUGGUCUAGGCACAGUUUUCCACAUUUAACUGUCCCGCAUUUUGCUUAGGUGUCAGAGAUGCCUGAAACUUCAAAAGUGUUGCAAUAACAAGUCGAAUUUUGAUACGACAAUGCAAGUAUUGUCCUAGUGGAAAUUUUCAAUUUUUUCAAUGGUGUGAGUCAAGAGGUUUUUUGGGAUUUCUUUUAAAUUAAUAUAUGUAGAUGUAUAGUUUGAUCAAGAGUCUAAAAGUUGCGCUCUGCUAAGCCAACGACCAGAAACGAUGAUUUUGUGGAAUAUGCGGACAUACAAAUUGUGGCAAUGUCAGAUACUGUGACGUUUGGGUAUCAGUACCUUUUGAAACCUUCUUGCAGCAGUGUUAUUGUGGAACUUUACGCUAUACAUGGUGUUAAUGCACUCUAUCUGAUUUACGUUGCGAGUAUGUAUCCACGAUGAUCAGGAGAUAAUGUCAAAUGAUUUAUCUCCUGUAGUCUAUAUGAAUGCGCUGAUAGUGUUCUUCGAUCUGGGAUGUUAUGAUGCUUCGGGGUGGAUAGAGUUUGAAGUUGGUUAAAUUUGCUCUCAGGAGUUGUUCGGUAUACAUGCAGAUUGUUUUUUAUGCAUAUGCUUCAUAUCCAAUCCUCCAAGAACCUCCAGCAAAAAUCUUUUGGACACAACUUGGCACCUUCUCGAGGAUGAAAAGUUGUGAACUUUCAAGGUGGGACCACUGUUAGUCGUAAAUCUAAACCCUGAAUUUUUGCUUUGUCUCAUCGCCUUGAGGAUUUUCUUUGAUUGCUCCUCGACUAGAGCUUCCCGUUGAAAUAGCUUGAUGCACUUCGAAAUUUAUUACCUAGGUAUUAAUGCCAUAAUGCCAUUUCAAUCAAUACUCUAGACAGGAAGUUGACGAUCGGCUUUUUGACCCUUCUCCUAAAUUUUCAUUAGAAUCGUGCCAAGGGUUGGGUGUUGGAGUAAUUCCGGUCCGUUUUUGUGAAUGCUGUUGACUCAGAUGUAAUGAAUCAUUCUUCACCGUCGAUCAUAUAUGACAGGGAUGCAGGAGCCCAAAACGGUUUAUAUCAAAUGUUAGUUGACCCUAUAGUCGAAGACCGAGAGGAUGAGGACUCAACUGCUUACGAUUCUCUCCUUCCGUCAGUUGAAAGGGUUUCCGCAACCUGGAUUUUAUUUCAGGGUGGAGCUCGAGUAGGGUGGACAACUAUGGUCUGAGCGCUCAAGGGCUUCGCCUCUCUUCCACCUCGUAUACAUACACAUGUAUUGAUUGCCAAAACAAGAAAGUGGUGUCAAAGUUGUACAUAAAGGAACCAACCAACUAAUUUAAAAACUGAUAUUUUGUUGUAACCAAAAAAAUCUUGAUGAAACUAUUAUAACACAUUUACUGUAGUUUCGGAACUGUAUAAGUUUUCGGGACUAUAUUAAUUUUUAUACAUUCAUUUUAAAUUAUAAGUAACCGCCCACUAAUUUGAGUCCCUAACUGAAUUUCACUCAAAAUUCUCCGAAACAGUAUCCAUAUUCCAUGAUUUAAUACUUUUGGAAACCAAAAACCAUUUUUAACGUAAGACACAACCAAGGUAACGAUACAUAUCAGAAUCAAAUGAUUCGCCUGUAAUUACCAAAGUGAUAUUAAAACUAUUCUAAUUAUAAGAUCAUUUAUAUAUAUACAUAUACAUAUAUACAUAUGUACAAAGUUCUAUAGAUAUCAUAUAUAAUCCGAACUAUAUUAGCUGCAGUUGUUCAUAUAUCAUGCAACUACUUUACUUUCAAUACUCAUCAAUUUCGUAUUAUAUUCGGACAUUGAAGAAUGUACAAAAUUAUUUACAAAUUUUGCUUUUAUAUACAUGGUCUAAAGCUAUACAUACAUUGUAGUUUAAAUACAUAAGUAGAAUGCACUUGCAUAAAGCCUCAUAUUAAACACAGUUCUGUCGUUUGGAUAUCAAUUAAAUAACUCGUCAAUUUUUACUGAAACAAACAAACAUAUCGGUGUAAAGUGGCUACUUUGACAUAUAUUGAUAUUGUACAAAUAUUGAAGUGUAAAUUUACAUACUUUUAACAGAACUCUGUCCAUGUUUCAUCCCGCAAAAAAUAUUUAAGUAAUCCCUUUUUUAACAAUAUUAGUUUUUUAGGACCCUUCAUAUUUUAUCUGGUUGAAAUGGCUCCUCAUAAAAUUAUAAUAACGACAUAGAUCUUCUUUUUUAUUCAAACAUUUCUGUUCUAACUAUCCUCAAAAUCAUAUGCUACAUCAAACAUAUUGCGAGAUGAAAAAGAAAAAUAUAUAAAUACAUUAAUAUCAGCAAUUAAAACUCAUAUGCAAAAAAUGAAAUCUCCCAUCAAAAGAUAUCAAUUACAUUUUACAAAAAAGGAAAAAUGUUGUAUAGUUGUUAAAUGUGGUAAAUAUGUUAUAUAUAAAGAAAUAAAUUUAACAACUAUCAACAAUUCAAUUAUAUACAUACAUAGAAAUAAAAAUAUAAAUAUCAACAUAGUAUAUCGAAUAUAUGUAUAUCCUCGUAUUAUGCAAAAUAUUGUAAGAAAAUUAACUGAAUUAAGGAACUAAGCGGACAAAGUUUUUUUAAAUAAAUAUAUUAAAAUAAAUAAAACAUGAUUUUUCAUGAAUAUAAAUAUAUACUCCCAAAUAGAUAUUAUUUCCAAUGAUUUUCAAGAAUAAUUUUUAGAAAAAGUCACUGUAUAUUUGAAUCGAAAAACAAGCAAUAACCAAAGAUAUCAAAUCGAUAGCAUUGUACCCAUUACCAUGAAAAAUUUUGAGGUUUUAGGAUUUCGAUUGCUUAUGAUUUUUAAUUGUAUAUAGAAACUUAGUCUAGUAUAAAUCACAUCAUUUCAGUAUAUAAGAUAGUUAAAUAGAAAAUUGGCAAAGCUACAAAUAUGGAGUAACUAUUUGGAAUGAUAUAAAUAAACUAAAAAUUAUUGUAUAUAAACUUUACGGGUUACUAGAAAAGUAGUUUUUCAGUAAAUAUUAUAUUUCGAAAAAGUACAUUGACUUUAAAUUUAAAAUUUGAUCCAGUUUAUUUUACGUCAUAUUUAUAAUUUUAAAUAAACGAAGUAAUAUCUGAGAAUAAAAGCUUACGCGGCAAUAACAUUUUUAUUUAAAAAUGUGAAGUAUUAUAAUUUUUUUGGUUAUAAUUCAUUAGACACGGCUUAUUUGCACUCACUGUGUUUAAAACGAGAAAAAAAAACAAAGUUCUUCCAUUAAGUUAUUGAAUUCAAUUUUUUCUCUCAGGUGCGCAUUUCGGUAGUUGUGAUGAUGAAGCGAUGAACGCGUAUAGCUACCGAAAUGCGUACUUGGGAGGAAAAAUAGAGGUCACUAAAUUAGAGGAAUUUUGCUUCUUUUUCUUUUGAUUAUAUUUUGCAUUCUUUGCCUUUAGUAUUUUUCCGAAAUUGUACAGGAUUAAAAUGUAAAUAUAUAAAUAAUUACCAUUGGUUUUAGUAAAAUUAUAUUCCAUUUAGAAAAUUUAUUGAACUUUAUUAUAAAUAUCAAUUUUCCGUUAUAAAUAGUUACUCCUAACAAGAAGCAUCCCAUAUAUUAUACAAUAUAAUCUCUGCUAUAAAAUAAAACCAAAGAAAACCAAAAAUUUUUUGUGUUGCGCUGUUUCAAAAAGCAGUAGGGCAACAGAAAAUUUAGGUAAAACAAUUGAUAACUGCUAAUAAGAAACAUUUAAACAAUAAGAAACGCAGCACCAGUUCAUAAAAAUGAAACAUCAAAUCAUCAACAUUACAGAAAGGAUUUAUAAAUUGUUAAUACUCAUGUGAAAAUGAUGCCGGCAAUGUGUAAUAAAGGGGUAAUAUUUUAAACUAUUCAAAGCAAAUUAGUGAAAAUUUAUACUCUUAAUUACCACUUAGCUUAGGAUAAAAGCUUUUAAAACACGUAUUGGGAGCAGGCUAUAAUAUAUCACAAGAAGGUAAAAAUGAAAUAAGAAACAAUAAAAUAAGAGAUGAAAGCAUCAUAAAUAUUAAACAUUUAAUAAGAAAAAACUUGAGCAUAAUGUACUGCUAAAUAAAACUUAGCAAAAUAGGAGAAAACAAAUGUAGGUAAUACAUUAUAAGAUUUCUAAAUGUAAGUAAGUAUGACUAAAAACUAGUGAAGCUGUUAAAUGUAUACACACGACUUAGCUGUAUUUUAAAUGAACUGUUUUAACUUUCCAACCAUUAUCUGUAUUAUUAUUAUUACUAAAUGAUUAAAAUAACUAUUGUUCGAUUUUCAUCUGUUACUGAAUCAUUUUCAUAACAUUAGAAGAAAAAAAGUCAUCAAUUCAUUCUAAAAACAUCACUGUCAAUUUCUAUUUCAAUUAUCAGUUCUCAUCGUGCAUCCAUUCUUCAUCAAUUAAUAAUCAUCGCGACAGAUAAAUGUUCUAUAUAACUCCUAAAAGUGAAGGAAACAACAGAGGUAAACCAAAAUAAAACAAAAACUCUUAAAUGAAAAAAAUAACAACGUAUUAUCCAUAAUGAUUAAAAUUCCAGAGAAAUAUAAAGAGUUCAAUGUUAGUUAAAGUUACGAAUGAUUAUUUAAAAAAAUAGGUAUUAUCAUAAAAAUGAACAAAAAAAAAUGAUUUUAACGGGAAUCAAGCAAAACUUUCUAUUUAAUUUAAUAUUCAAUCGAUAGUUUUAAAUAAUGUUCAAAAACGUUCAUGAAAUUGGUAUGAUUCGAUGAGGAUAAUAAAAUGGAAAUAGAUUAAAGAAAAAACAUAAUUACACUGUUGAAGGGAAAGAAAUAAAAGCAUGAAAAAGUAAGAAAAGACAAAAAUCAUGUAUGAUGCUAUGACUAUUAAAACUGUAAUUGUUAACCAAAA